AUGGUACCGCAAGAAACACGUCUCACAGGGGGUGACACGACGUUCGGCUCGUCGAUUUGGGACGAUCCGGACCUGUUGGCUGCACGUAUCGAACACCGCGACGUGGAGGCUGUGAAGCUGCUGUCUCGCGGUGGAUUCGGUGAAGUGUGGCUGGGUCUGUACAUGAACGAGAACGUGGCUAUCAAGAGAUUGUUGAAUGACAAAAAGUCGAUGCAGGACGCACUGGCGUUCGCGACGGAAAUCAAGACCAUGGCGCGUCUGGAUCACCCCAAGAUCGUGCAUUUUAUCGGUGUGUCAUGGACGAAUGCCCUGACAAUCCAAGCUGUGACGGAGUUCAUGGACUGCGGAGACCUCAAGUCGCUACUGGACUCCAGUCGUGCCAGUUCAUUGACGUGGGCCAAUCUCAAGUGCCAGAUCGCCAUCGAUAUCGCCGAUGCGCUCGUGUACCUCCACACUCUGAACCCCAAGCUGAUCCACCGUGACUUGAAGUCUCGUAACGUGCUGAUUGACGCGCAGACUGGCGCCAAGUUGAGCGAUUUCGGUAUCUCGCGUAACCGCAGCUUUGACGAGACUAUGACGGCAGGUGUGGGUACGGCUCGCUGGAUCGCGCCCGAGGUGAUUCUGGGCGGACAUUACACUGAAUUCGCGGAUAUUUACUCGUUCGGAGUGGUGCUGUCCGAGCUGGACACGUGCAAGGCUCCGUUCUACGACGCCACCAACACGAACGGCGGCAAGAUGCAGGAUGUCACCAUCUUGCAGCUCGUGUCGGCCGGUAAAUUGCAGCCGAGCUUCAGCGACUCGUGUCCGCCGUCCAUCGUCAAGUUGGCACGCGCAUGUCUGUCGUUCGACCCUGCACAGCGUCCGAGUGCCAUCCACAUCUCCUACGAACUACGCAAGAUCAUGAAGGACGAGCUGUAG